AUUAUUGAGGGCUUCCUGUUUGGGGAAGAGCUGUUAGUUACAUACGUGUAAGUUUCCUGAGUCGGUGAUCGCAUGGAGCCCUACGCGAUACAAGGGAGACUGCAAGCGGAAGUACAAACGGCCCAUGUGGGGAAGUCUGGCAAAGUCUGAGGCCGAUGGGGCGCAAAAAUAAAAGGGUUCCGAAGCAGCCGUACCUCGGAGCCUAAGCACCCACCGCUGGGCCGGGGCCGGCCUCCCGGGGCGGAGGAAGCGCUGAGCCCGGGGCCCGGACCGCACGCACGUGCCCGGGCCCCUGGCCGUGGCCGGUCCCGCUCCGGGGACCUCGGCUCCCUCGGCUCCGGGGCUCCCCCCUGCCACGAGCCGCGCGUAGGCGCUGCCCGCACUUUACAAGACUUUUGCAGAGUAUUGGUUAGCCAAGAGGAACCUCACCUGGGCUGACUUUGAGAGUGUGGGGAUUGUGCAUAUAGGUGGUAUCUGAAGAGUUGUCAGAUCCCAGGUAGGCAGAUUUCCAUGAGGAUAACUUCCAAGGACCUGGAUGGCCUCAUUUUAGCUGCUUCCACACCUGUUCCCCCCCCACUCUGUGCCUGGGGUGGUAGUGGUACCUGAGAGCCAUGAAGGUUGUCCCCGAGAAGAAUGCUGUCCGGAUACUGUGGGGUCGAGAAAGGGGCACGCGAGCCUUGGGGGCUCAGCGGCUUCUACAGGAGCUGGUGGAGGAUAAAACUCGGUGGAUGAAAUGGGAAGGAAAGAAAGUUGAACUUCCUGACAGUCCACGAUCCACCUUUUUAUUGGCCUUCAGCCCAGACAGGACUCUCAUGGCUUCCACCCAUGUGAACCACAACAUCUACAUCACGGAGGUGAAGACCGGCAAGUGUGUCCAUUCUCUGGUUGGGCAUCGGCGUACACCGUGGUGUGUGACUUUUCACCCCACCAUCCCAGGCCUCAUUGCUUCGGGCUGCCUCGAUGGGGAGGUUAGGAUUUGGGAUUUACAUGGUGGCAGUGAAAGCUGGUUCACAGACAGCAACAAUGCUAUCGCCUCCCUGGCUUUCCACCCUACGGCUCAGCUCCUGCUGAUUGCCACAGCCCACGAGAUCCAUUUCUGGGACUGGAGCCGGCGAGAGCCUUUUGCAGUGGUGAAGACGGCCAGCGAGAUGGAGAGGGUUCGGUUGGUGAGGUUUGAUCCCCUCGGACACUACUUACUCACAGCAAUUGUUAACCCCUCCAAUCAACAGAGCGAUGAUGAGCCUGAGAUCCCCGUGGACGGCGCGGAGCUGUCUCACUUCCGCCAGCGCGCUCUCCUGCAGUCCCAGCCCGUCCGUCGGACGCCUCUUCUGCACAACUUCUUGCACAUGCUGUCCUCCCGCUCCUCUGGCAUCCAGGUGGGAGAGCACAGCACAGUCCAAGAUUCUGCCACCCCCUCACCCCCGCCUCCUCCACCGCCUCCCCCUCCGCCCAGCACGGAGAGCUCCAGGACGUCCGCUUACCCCCGGCUCCGAGAGCGCGUCAGCUCCCCCCCAGCCGAGUGCUGCCAGCCCCUGGGGAUGCUGUGCCUUUGCAGCCGCUGCUCUCGGGCGCGACUUCCUUCUUCCCUCUUCCCACGCCAGGACAGUGCCCCCUCUGCUUCCACUGGGGCUACUACUGCUUCCUUUUCUUCUGUGCAGACCGAGCCCUACCAUGCCCCGGAGCAGGCCUCGUCAGCGCAGCAGGACCAGGGCCUCCUGAACCGCCCGUCUGCCUUCAGCACAGUGCAGAGCGGCACUGCGGGUAACACACUCCGGAACCUCAGCCUGGGGCCCACACGCCGCUCUCUGGGCGGCCCUCUCUCCAGCCACCCUUCCAGGUACCACCAGGCCGGGAGGGAAAUCGCCUCUGGGCUCGGAGGCGCUGACUGGACCCGAACGGUGCUAAGUAUGGACUCACGCUCCGAGGCGGACGCUCUGCCCCCGCCGAGGACCAGCGCCUCUUCGGUGAGCCUGCUGUCGGUGCUGAGGCAGCAGGAAGGCGGCUCCCAGGCGUCCGUAUACACCUCCGCCACCGAGGGAAGGGGCUUCUCGGUCUCGGGGCUGGCAGCCGAGGCAGACGCGGGCAGCGGCUCGGGCCAGAACAACAACUCGGGCAGCAUUCGGAAUGAGCUGCAGUGCGACCUGAGGCGCUUCUUCUUGGAGUACGACCGGCUCCAGGAGCUAGACCCGGGCCUGGGGGGAGAGCCCACUCCCGCCCAGCAGGCCCAGGAGAUGCUCAACAAUAAUAUUGAGCCGGAGAGGCCAGGCCCUUCCCACCAGCCCACCCCACACAGCAGCGAGAACAAUUCCAACCUCUCCCGGGGCCACCUGAACCGCUGCCGUGCCUGUCACAACCUCCUGACCUUCAACAAUGAUACCCUGCGCUGGGAAAGAACCACACCGAACUACUCACCUGGUGAGAGUAGUUCCUCCUGGCAGGUCCCCGGCGCCUUGGAGGGCCUGCCCGCGGGGGGCGGCCAGCUGCCCCCUGCCGACGGCACGGAGGGCGGGCGAGCCCCUGGCUCCAGCAGGCUGGAGCUGAGCCCUUCCACCAGUGCCCAGGACGAGAGAACUGUGGGAGUGGCCUUCAACCAGGAGACGGGCCACUGGGAACGCGUUUACAGCCAGGCCGCUGCCAGCCGACCCGGGAAUGUAUCACAGGAGGCCUUAAACCAGGAAAUGCCUGAGGAAAGCUCUGAGGAAGACUCCCUCAGGAGGAGGCUGCUGGAGUCUUCCCUCAUUUCCUUAUCCCGUUAUGAUGGAGCAGGAUCCCGGGAACACCCCAUUUAUCCAGACCCUGCGAGGUUAUCUCCUGCUGCAUACUACGCCCAGAGGAUGAUCCAAUAUCUUUCUCGAAGAGACAGUAUUCGCCAGCGCUCCAUGCGCUACCAACAGAACCGUCUCCGCUCUUCCACCUCCUCUUCUUCCUCAGACAACCAAGGCCCAUCAGUAGAGGGAAACGACUUGGAGUUUGAGGACUUUGAGGACAAUGGAGACAGAUCCAGGCACCGAGCUCCACGUAAUGCAAGAAUGUCCGCUCCUUCACUUGGACGCUUUGUCCCCAGGCGUUUCUUGCUGCCCGAGUACUUGCCUUAUGCUGGGAUUUUCCAUGAACGAGGGCAGCCUGGGUUGGCCACUCAUUCCUCUGUUAAUAGAGUCCUGGCAGGGGCAGUAAUUGGGGAUGGACAGUCUGCAGUGGCCAGCAACAUUGCCAACACUACCUAUCGGCUUCAGUGGUGGGACUUUACCAAGUUUGACCUGCCAGAAAUCAGCAAUGCCUCUGUGAAUGUGUUGGUGCAGAACUGUAAGAUCUACAAUGACGCCAGCUGUGACGUGUCAGCAGAUGGCCAGCUCCUCGCCGCCUUCAUCCCCAGCAGCCAGCGAGGUUUUCCUGACGAGGGCAUCCUGGCAGUGUACUCAUUGGCACCUCACAAUCUGGGCGAGAUGUUGUAUACCAAACGAUUUGGCCCCAAUGCCAUUUCUGUGAGCCUGUCCCCUAUGGGGCGGUACGUGAUGGUUGGACUGGCUUCCCGCAGGAUCCUGCUACACCCUUCCACAGAGCACAUGGUAGCUCAGGUCUUCAGACUGCAACAGCCGCAUGGUGGAGAGACCUCCAUGAGGAGAGUUUUCAACGUUCUCUACCCCAUGCCGGCUGACCAGCGGAGACAUGUCAGCAUCAACUCUGCCCGCUGGCUACCCGAACCGGGCCUGGGCCUGGCCUACGGCACCAACAAAGGAGACCUGGUGAUCUGCCGACCAGAGGCCUUAAACUCUGGUGUUGAGUACUACUGGGACCAGUUGAAUGAGACAGUCUUCACCGUCCAUUCCAACAGCAGGAACAGUGAACGGCCUGGAAGCAGCAGAGCUACGUGGAGGACGGACAGGGACAUGGGCUUGAUGAAUGCCAUCGGCCUUCAGCCCCGGCACCCGACCACUUCAGUGACAUCUCAGGGCACCCAAACUUUGGCACCUCAGCUGCAAAAUGCUGAAACGCAGACGGAAAGGGAGGUUCAGGAGCUGGGGGCAGCAGCCUCAGGGUCUGGCGAAGGUGAGGGUCCGGAGUACGGGCCGGGAGGGGAAGACGCGCUCACCAGGAUCCAGAGACUGAUGGCCGAGGGGGGCAUGACAGCGGUGGUGCAGCGGGAGCAGAGCACCACCAUGGCCUCCAUGGGAGGCUUUGGCAACAACAUCAUCGUCAGCCACCGCAUCCACAGGAGCUCCCAGACGGGCUCGGAGCCGGCCCCCGACAGCGCGGCUCCCCAGCCCUCCACCUCGCGGGGGCUGGCCCCCGAGCCUCAGGGCCGCAGCCUCCCGGAGCUGGAGCCUCUGGCGGAGCGGGGCCUGAGCCUGCGGACGGGCCCGGCCAGGCCGGCCUCCCCGAGCACUGUGGGACCAAUCUCGUACAGCGACCUAACCAACAACAACCCUCUUGCUGACAGCGCCGGGUGCCCCAGUGGAGAGCCGAGGGACAGGUAGAAGGAACUGGGCCCGCCGCUGCCGCCCUCACGCUGCCGAGCAGAGACCCGACCUCGCAGCCCACUAGGAUCCGUGCCCGCUGAGAAGCUGCCGGCCACAGGGGGCCAGGCGGGCGCCGGGGAGGCUGCCGUCGUGGGCCCGCGCGGCGCUCCGAGCCCUGGCUGGGCGGAGGGGGCUCUCGCCACAGCCCUCGAAAGGCCACGUCUUCCAGCUCUGGGGAGAUCCCGCGCCGAGGACGGCCGUGAGCCCCCGGCCCAGCCGCCGGGAGGAGGAGGGUCCCGGCCCCUCUAGGUCCUCUCCCGUCCCUGCGCCUCUUCACAUCCAUCCCUUGGCUUUCUUACCCAGAGGCUCCAAGCUGGGCCCUGGGCCAAGCUCUGGGACUGACUUAACUGGUGGGGGGACGAUUCUGUGGUGACGGAGGGGUCGGUUCACUUGCUACCUGGGGAUUUCCCCCCAGGGCAAAGGAAGCGAUCCAGGUUAGUGGGCAGGAGCUCACUCAGGGAGCUUGGGCCGAGGAGGGGCGGGUGGCAGGACAACCUCCCUCUGGGUGGGUUCCCCAAGAUCCUCCCGCCAACGCCCAGCGGAGCAGGGCUUCAUGUGUCAGUAUUAGGACCCUGGGCAUCUGCCCGGCGCGGGCUGGGCAAGGGCUGCAGCUCCGGGUCAGAGGGUGAGGUAUCGGUCUGUCCUGUCAGGUGUUGCAUGUGAAAUCUUGAACUGUACAUGUAGUUUCUAGUGGAGAAAUCAAGGCUCUGAUGAUUUUGUUUUUAGUAUAAAGAAAUGUGAUUUCCUUUCUGUUUGUAACUCAUCAUAGAGACAUUUUGGUGGGAGGAGAGGGGACUAGUCCGACUGCUAACAAGGGAAACACCAAAGAUCAAUGUCAUUAAAAUGAUGGCUACCCUUC